GCCGCUGCCGGAGCGCCGGCAGCCCCUCCCCGCCGCUGCCUGCGGGAGUGGGAAUAAAGACAGAUAGCGGGGCAGGCACCGGCCGGGCGGGAGAGCGCAGAAAGUUUCCUGCGGAGCCCGCGGGCGGCGGCAGCGAUGCCCGUGCUGCGCGGAGCGCUGGGGCUGGGCGGGCGCCGCCGGCCUUAGGGGCAGCGAGCCCCCGGCCUCUCCUCCGGGCGGCGAGGGGGAAGCACCCCGGGCAGGGACGAGAGAGCGGCGCCGUUCGGAGCGCGGGGAGGGGGAGCGGCACCGCGGGGAAAGCCGCCGCCGGUAGAGCCCGUGGGGAAAGAUGAGCUUGUUGUCAGCCAUCGACACCAGCGCCGCGUCCGUCUACCAGCCCGCCCAGCUCCUCAACUGGGUCUAUCUCUCUCUGCAAGACACGCACCAGGCCAGCGCCUUCGAUGCCUUCAGACCCGAACCCUCCUCGUCCCAGCACCCCGACCUCGGCUACACGAAGAGCACCCCGGAGCUGGGGUCCUCGCUCAGCUCCAGCUAUCUCAACAGCUUCUUCCAGCUCCAGCGGAGCGAGGCUCUGAGCAGCAGUCUGUACAAGAGUGCAUCACCGUAUGGCUCUCUUAAUAACAUUGUGGAUGGGUUAAGCUCCCUCACUGAGCAUUUCUCUGACCUAUCCCUUUCUUCAGAAGCCAGAAAACCCAGCAAGAGGCCACCUCCUAACUACCUGUGCCACCUCUGCUUUAACAAAGGACACUACAUCAAAGACUGCCCACAGGCUCGUCCAAAAGGAGAAGGCCUGACUCCAUACCAGGGCAAGAAACGCUGCUUCGGUGAAUAUAAGUGCCCCAAAUGCAAGAGAAAAUGGAUGAGUGGAAACUCCUGGGCUAACAUGGGACAAGAAUGUAUCAAGUGCCACAUUAAUGUUUAUCCUCACAAACAGAGGCCCCUGGAAAAGCCAGAUGGCCUGGAUGUUUCGGAUCAGAGCAAAGAGCAUCCUCAGCAUCUGUGUGAGAAGUGCAAAGUUUUGGGCUACUACUGCCGCCGUGUGCAAUAAGCCUUCGAAGUGGCCUCUUCCCGUCCCCGUCAUCCUUAAAGAUCCUCUGGCAGCACGCGAUCAACAGCAACACAACAAAUCAAGAUAAAAGCUAAAAUAAUUGCCAAUAUUGCCUAUCUAAUAAUAUGCCUUACCAUUAAUAGAAUGUAACAUUUCUCCUGUGCACGCACGUGCAUGCAACAGGUAUUUACAGGACUAUGAUUUGUAUACAUACAUAUAUGUAAACUUAUAUGUAUAUGUACACACACAUAUAUGAAGCGUUACUGAUAGUGUUCACAACGGAACCGUGGUUGCAGGUUCUGCUGAUUGUUUACACAGACCCUAUAUCAUGGCCAGGUGAAAAGAAGUACUAUUCAAUAGGCAAGGUUUCACAAGGAAUAUAUGUUAUAUGUAUGGCUUUUGCAGAGGUUGAAUAACUGUGGGGCCACUAAUUGCAAGCACUCACCCACAACAUGAACAUUAUUCCUAUUAUAUGACAAGACAAAGGAAAUGAAACAAGCCACAGCAUAAAAGAAGGAAAAAUAUUUUUUUCCCAGUUUUAGAAAGUCUGAGAAGUUUUGUGCUGCUGCUUUCUCGGACUUUUCCCAUUUGUUGCCAUCGCUUGGGCAGGGCUUAGGCAAAACCAGUUUUGCAGGACGUGGCAAAAAAAUAAGUGAAUAAUUGUUUGAGGGUGUGGGUUGGGUAGAAAGGGAAUGCCAUGAUGGGACCCAGAAUCAGGAAGGAUUCCAAGGGGUUUUUAGAGGAGACAAAAUUGGCUUGCUUGUGUGACUAACAGAUCCUUCUCUUGUCAUAUAAUCCCGCUGAAAUGGUCCCUGUAUGUGUAUGGGCUGUUCAUUAGACCACAAGCACACUAAAUUUACUGUGAAUAAGGGGGGAUAAGAAUACUUAAAACUGUCCCUGAAACCCUUAAUUGAAAUAUUAGCCAAACUGACUAUUUAUAAUAGUUUUAAAGCCACUUUCUAGAAAUAUUUUUAUGUCCUCUUUUCUACUGUACAAAUUUGUAAUAAUAUAAAACUUCUUGGCCAUAUGGGUGUUUUGAGGCAUGGAGAACACUCUGUAUAACCUUCCCUCUUUAUGUCUUCCUGGAGCACCUACAUAUCUGAGGAGAAAUGUAGGAGUUAUAUUUCAUUGUCCCAUUUCAGGUAAAACUUUGUGCAGGGGCAUCCUGCUGCAAAGAAGCAUAUUGUCAGGGAUUUGGAAAUACCAUGAACUGAAAGUACCUCGAGACAAUAUCCUGUUUGUAUGUCUACAUAAGUGCACAUUGGCAAAAAGACACAACGAGCAACUCACUUGCAUUAUUCACUAAAAAAGUUACAGGGAUAAUGUUUGCUUUUUUUUUCUUUAAAUCAACAAUUUCUAUUUUUUAUGAAGUUUCCUUUAGAGAGAUUGUUUUGUCUGAAUGAUACUUAAUGGAAAUACUUUAAAUCCUAAAUAACUUGAUGCGGAUUAAAUUUGUUUCGAGGAUUAAUUCCAUAAUGCUAAGUCAGAGGGGGUUUUAUGCCAAGUUAUAACAGGAUGUUACCAGUAGGUACAGUCAAGCGCUUGUAAAGCAAAUUGAAUACUUAACAGUGAGUAUUCAUAUAGGAAAUGUGAAACUCUGUACAAUUUUGCUCUAGGGUGAAAUUUUUGCCAUUUCCCUGCCUUUCUGUCAGUGGACAAAAUUGUUUCUGCUUUUUCUGUUGGUAAUGUCACAUACAUACCUUGCAAACUCCCUUAUUUAUGGGUAGUCCAGGUGACCCAGUCUACUGGUCAGAGCAAUGGAUAAAGCUUGGGACUCCUGGCUUUUUACCAUGGCUCUUCCAUUAGCUCCCUGAUUUGGGGCAAGUCACAGGAUCCUUCUAGACCUCAGUUUCCCCAAGUGCCAAAUGAGGAUAAUAAUACUUCAGCACACAUACCUCACAGGAGAGUUGUGAGACUUACUUAACAUCCGUGUUUUGACAUCACUGGAUAAAAAGUGCUAUGUAAUGCUAAAGUAUUUAGUAUUGAUUAAAUUAAUCACUUUGAAACUAGCUUUGCCUAGUUGGCAAUUCCAUCAACUAAAAGAGCUAAAAAAAAUAUUGAAAGUAAACACUAAUAACGGCUCAGUUGCCUCAGUGAAAAUAUGCAGUUUUAGUAUUUUUGAAUGGAAACACAUUCUUUUGCACAGACUCAGAAAUUACCUUAUACACAAAUUUUCUAAACAAAGAUACUAAUCUGCCCAUGUGAAGAAGAAUAAGAAAAUAGACAGGCAAAUCUAGGGGUGGAUUUUCAAAGCUUGAGCUCCAGUAUUAAUCUUGGUAUUUUGCUUCAAGCACAAUUAAUAUUGAAAGAGACACAUACUAAACCAGGUCUAUUUUUUCCUCUUGAGCACUUAAUAAUACAUUUUAGAAAAGAAAAAAAAAAGAAUGCCUUGAUGCUUCAUAUCCAGCUAAAGGACAAGUAGAGAAACCCGGUUAGAUUAAGAUAAGGAAAAUGUUGGUUUAUUUUCUCCCUGAAAAUAUGAUGUUGCUAUCAACCAUUUUUUCUGUGUUGAAAUUAUUUCCAUCUUAUGAUAACCACUAGAUCAGUAAAACAGCACAUCCCCCAUACAGCUACAUCAAUAUACAGCACACUGCCAGGUUCUGAACAAAGACCAACUAAAAGAUACCAUUAAAUGCAACUGUUGCUAUUUUUUUUCAUGACAGUGUUAAAAUUUUUUUUUAACCAGAUUCAACACUGCAUGGCAGUGCCUUUAGCAUAUGGAUCUUUAGGUUGUACUUUAAAAUAAGGUUCCUAAAUAUGCACAUGAUCGACUUAAAAACAAUAAGUGUCUGUAGGUGUAGAACAAUAACUCUUAAAAGCAUACUUAAGAGAGUUCAAUAUUUAUAUCAUUGUUAUUUUCCUAAGCAGCAGACAUAUAAAGUAUCUAAGUAAUAUUCAGCAUAUUUGAAAUAACGAGAGGGAGAACAGAUUUUUCCCCUGCACUUAUGUAGGGGAAAAGUAGCUGAAGAACAAAACAUGCAGGAAAGCAAGGAGUGACACUGCCAUAGUUUGUACUGCCUGACUCAGACACCACAACUCCAUCGCAGCCUCCAGCCCUGGGCACUUGUUCCGCACUCGGCUGUGUAUAGUUUGUGGGUUGCUGGGAAAACACGUCCGCAUAAGUAACUUACAAUAGCUUACGGCCGCUGGCUUUCGGUUGAUGGCACAGAGGGAACUUUCUGAAUUUUUAUUAAAAAAAAAAAAAAAUUGAUUACAAAACAUAGAUUUCUUCUCUCCCCCUCCUACCCCACCAGGGUAAUUCAUCCAUAGACCUAACUCUCUCAAAAUUGAAAAUAAAAGUUUAAAAAUUGAGAUUUUUGACUGAAAAGAAGGUAAGUUGAUUUACCUUUUAGAUUUUUUGAAUGCUUUCUGACAUUCUCUUUAGCCAGCUCUGCAUUUACAACAUCAGCUAGCAAUCCUCAAAGACAUUCUUAGACAGUCUUUCUGAAGCAAAGCAAUCAUCAGUAAGAAGUUUUAAAUCAGUACUCUGUAGGUCAAGUACUCUUUAGGGAUAUACCUAAGAGAAAUUUGGCUCUGUGCGCUUAUUUGGCAAACUGGAUUUUUAACCUCAGAUGCUUGCUGGUGCCUGUCUCCCAAUCCAUCCAGCACAGAGUUUGGGGUGGUUUUUUUGCCUCUUCUCCCCUCAAACCUUCGGAGGUUUUUAAACUUUCAUUUAUUUCUUUAAAAAAAUAAACACAAAUUGUUUCCUCAGUCGGUCAGAACAUUUCACACAGAAUUUGGCAUUGGCACUACUCUGAAGAAAAGUAUCAGUGAUUUGAAAUGCGUGGUGUAGGUUUUUAGCUGCUCUAACUUGAUGCGGUUCCAAUGAAGUUGUUAGGCAUACUUCGUUUAAUGGCGAAGAAGAAAAAUCCCUGUAGUUUAAAGGAUGGCCCCAUUUUAGCCAGUUUCUGCUGCUGCUACCAUGGAUGUAAGAUGAUGCCACACAAGCAAAGUUUGAGGCUUUUUAGUCUCAAAGUUGCUUUUUAAUAUCCGAUAAAUACACAAGAGUAUAUAUUCUUUCUGAAAACAGGUGUAUUUUGAAGUUCCCCAUUAUAUGGGAUUUAGUUUAUAAACUAAAAAUGUGAAUUUACAUAUGUCUGACAGAAGCCUUAUACCGAGAAGUAUUCUCUACAUUUUACCUUUUUGUAGAACAUGAAAUUUAGAUUAUACAUGGGUUGCAUACCUGUGACGCUCAAGCAGUUAUUCCAAAAAUAAAGCAGAACAUUGAAAGUUAAGAGCUGUUGACAAUGUCCAACUUCAUACAUUAGUUCUCUUUGUCCUGCAGUCACAUAGAAUAUGUUUUUUUCCUAGUAUGAAUCCUGAGAGGUGUCCAGCAAACAGUAUGCAAUAAA